AAGAAAGAGAUUGAACAUGGCGGCGAAAACGGUGUGCGUGACAGGAGCAUCAGGAUUCAUAGCUUCAUGGAUCGUCAAGAUCUUGCUUCAGCGUGGUUAUAUUGUUAAAGCCACUAUUCGUGACCCCAAUGAUCCAAAGAAGACAGAGCACUUGCUUGCACUUGAUGGAGCCAAAGAGAGACUUCACUUGUUGAAAGCAAACCUACUGGAACAAGGAUCCUUUGAUACUGUGGUCGAUGGCUGUGAAGGUGUUUUUCAUACUGCAUCGCCUUUCUUCCUCGUAGCUGCAGAUCCACAGGUUCUUGCCUCAUUCCCUUUUUAUUCUUUUGGUUGUAGAUUUUCUUUAUGCCAAUUUUAGGAGCAGAAUCCUUUCAGUUUUCCAUGAGGGGAAUUGUGCUGUGCUCAUAAUCACAACAAUGGAGGUGGAAUUCCAAAUAAUAUAAUGUCAAGUUAUUUUGUUACAGAAUGAAGUAAAUGUCAUCCUUAAGAGAUUUCCCCAUUCUUCCAUUCUACCUAAGAAUGAUAAUAUCGGAAACUGACAGUAGAAGUGCAGAACGGUUCAAAAUGUUGCACAUGUCGGAAGAACAAGUUCUUUCUUUGAA